AUGGACUCGGCGGUGCCCACAUUGCUGCCUAUUAAGCGAUACACGAGAAGAAAAACAUCCUUAGGUAACCCAGUCCACGCUAACCCUCUCCGCCCAACGCGCCUCCUUCGCGUCCCGCGGCCCACUGCUACCUCACAACCUCCCUCCCUCCCUCCCUAUCCCCCUCCCCCCCCCAAAAACGACAAACUCACUUUCGAAAAACAGCCAGAGGAAUCUAUAUGGACAUGGGGAAUCCUCGCUUGCAUCUGCGAACGAGAUCGAAGCUAG